ACUGCCCUCAUCUCAUGCGUGUCAGGGACUUGCAUGGCUGCUCCAUUGCUUUUUAUUGGAAUUCCCACUUGUGGACUUCUUCCUUUUUAUUUUUCUGUUUGCAAAUUCUCCUUUUUAACAUCUCUGAAUCUUCAAUGUUUGGUUUUCCAACCUUUGACAUUCCAAGACUUUCCACAGGAUUAUUCCCAGGGUGAAAGUUUGUUUCACCCUGUUCCUGGUUUGCAAACAAGUUACUUGCAAACUGAAAUGCAGGUGGGGCAGUUUUGGGAAUGCAAAGUGUGACCUGUAAAAGGCGUGGAACAGCAAAUCCCUGAUUUCUGCAGGGGUGUUGUGUUUCAGGAGGAGAUGGGCAAUUCUGGGGUGCUGCCACAGAGUGUGGCUCAGCCUCACAGGGUGUAUCCAGGUACAAAACCUCUGGGCCAAAUUCCUCAGCGCUGUCACUGCUGUCCCCAAGCUCUGGGGGUAAAACAAAUUAUUCCAGUGAAAUACAGAGCUGUCACCAUUACUGUGCUCCCUGUGGGCCUGGGGUGUCUGCACCUCCACAAAGGACCCUGGUGCAAGAGCAGCUGCAGCCAAGUGAGGGAGGUGUUGGAUCCAUCCCUUCAGCCCAGUGCUGAGAAGGAAAAACAGGUAUUUGCUUUAAUUCCUUUUAAAGAUGGACUUGUAUUUGGUGAAGGAUUUUGGGGCCAGCUCGGACAAGGCUUGGUCUGGUGGAAGGUUGGGGGAGCAGGGGGGAAGAACGAGAUGAGCUUUAAGGUCCCUUCCAACCCAAACCAUCCUGUGAUUAUAUGAAAACACCUCCAUGGAGCUUUAAUGGGAUUUGGGGAUGUUCUGGCAGGGGCUGCAGAGUCCAGGCCUAGUUCUGCUCACCUUGGGAGUGGAGAGGGUGGAGGGUGGGAAUCCUUCCCAAGCUGGUGGUGAGCUCUGUUCCAUGGCUGUCCUGUUCUCUCCUGUAUAAAUGUAUUGCAGAAAUACAAUCUGAAAUAACUUCUGGUCCUUCUGGUGGGAUUGGCACAGGAGGAGAGCCAAGGUCUGGUGGUUUAUGGGUUUCUCUCAUUCCAUAUUAAACAAAAUUAGAUCAGAUCUGGUUUUGAAGGAGCUCUUGUGGAGAUGAAGCUUUUAUAUCGUUCCACGUAGCCUUACAGAGUCUGUCAGUCUGGGUCACAGUAAGUAACAUUGUGUGAUAGAAAUCCUGUCUUUUGUAUUGCACAGUUUCCUGGGGAAUGAAGAUAUUCUGGCCACUGUAUUUUUUGUUCUGUACCAUUAGAGUUCCAGUUUAGCUUUGCCAGGUAUUAAUAAAAAAGAUCUAUUUUCUAACAGUCAUUUUUCAAAGGGAUUUAAGAGGCUGACAGCAAGAGGAAAUUGAGGUCUAUUUGGGAGAGGCAUCAAGGAGAUCCAGUGCCCCUUGUGUCGUGUUUUUGGAAUUGCCUUGUCGGUGUGGAGAGCUGGGAGAGGCAGAUCCAGGGCCCUGCAGCUGUCACAGAGCUCGGUGAAUGAGGAUGCUGGAAGGAAGGGACUGGCACAAGAAAUUCUGUGUUCCUAAUUUGUUGAGGACAGGUGAUGUUGUGUUUGGUAAGACAGAAAUGAAUCCAUUCCUCCUCAGUCUGUGCCUGUUGUAGCUGUGGCAUCUGUGGGACAGCUCUGAUGGGGACAACAGACCUUCCUCAGGAACCACAGGAUGGGCAGAGUGAGGAAGAGUCAGUUGGAGACACCUCCUGGGUCAUCCCUGUCACACCAGGCCUGGAGCAUCACCCAGCGAGAGCAGGGAUGGGAUGGGGCUGGAGAGCCUCAUUCUAACACGUACAACAGGAGAGGUUUCCAUCCCUCUCCCCUUCAGUUUGCCCAGCCUGGCCCAGGGGAUUCACUUUUCUGGCAAUUUCAGUAAAGGUUUCAUGGGUAGCUCUUGGUUUCAAGAUGAGCCACGCUCAGAGCAGGUAGAAAAAAACCUGCAAGGGUAGAAAAUGGGGAUAUGUGCAGCUGAAUGAAAUGUUCCCUGAGGAAUCAGGAUGGGUUGGGUCUGAAGGGACUCUGACAGGUGAAAAGGGAAUCAGGGCCACUACCAGCAGGUGAAAUGCUCCCAGUUUGGUGCCUGGUGUGGAAGAGCUGCGCUCCCCCCCUUACAUCAUCCUGUGCCCGUGAGGAUGGACAAACCCUUGUGCCAGGCUCCAGAAAUCCUCAUCACACACCCCAGGAUGUUCCCAGUGUGUCCCUGGGAAAUGCUGGGGAGGGAGCCAGAUUAGGGGGCACAGAAAGAAAAGAGACUUGACCUAGAGAAUCUGCCUGGGGCCAAAGUUCAAGUAAGAUUGCCAAUCUGGAAACCCUGAGCUGCUGCAGCUUUCUGCCGAGCUCUCGGAGCCGACCCCAGCCCUGUGUCACACCUUGCGCUGGAGCCCACACAAACGGGGACGUUUUGCCUGGUUUUUGCUUCCCUCUGCGCUCGGUUUCCAGGCUAAACCCUCCCGUGAACUGCUGAUGGCAGAGUUUUCCAGAGAACCUGGCAAGAAGCAGCGUGAACGUGCUGAUGCGAAUUUCGACGUUAAUCUUCUGUAAAUCGAGUGGCCCGUGUCCGAGGGACGGCCGCGAGAAAUCUGAAUGACGUUUCCAUAGCUCGCUGCGCGCCCGCGCUAUUGAGAUGAAAUCUCAUGGAUGGAAUUCCGUGGACGCAGCUGCUGUAUCAGCGCUCGGGGAAUUCUGCUGUUCUGUUCAGAAGCAACCCAUAAAUAGCGGGGCCGCCCGCACCGCCCGGCACAGCGGAACCACACGGAGAGGCACAAUGACCGAGCAGCAAAGUCCCCCCGAGCAGAUGGCGACUGGGGAGGGUGCUGGCGAGCGAGGUGGCAACUACAAGAUCACGAUCUACGAGCUGGAGAAUUUCCAGGGGAAAAGGUGUGAGCUGACAGAGGAGCUCCCCAACAUCACCGAGAAGGAGAUGGAGAAGGUGGGCUCCAUCCAGGUGGAGUCUGGCCCGUGGCUGGGCUUCGAGCGCCAGGCCUAUGCUGGGGAGCAGUUCGUGCUGGAGAAGGGCGACUACCCCCGCUGGGACUCCUGGUCCAACAGCCACAGCAGCGACAGCCUGAUGUCCAUCCGGCCCCUCCAGAUUGACAGCGCCGACCACAAGAUCCACCUGUUUGAGAACGCGGGAUACACCGGGAGGAAGAUGGAGAUCGUGGAUGAUGACGUCCCCAGCCUCUGGGCCCACGGCUUCCAGGACCGUGUGGCCAGCGUCAAGGCCCUGAAUGGAACGUGGGUGGGCUACGAGUACCCCGGCUACCGGGGCCGCCAGCACGUCUUCGAGAAGGGCGAGUACCGGCACUGGAACGAGUGGGACGCCAACCAGCCCCUCAUCCAGUCCGUGCGCCGCGUGAGGGACCAGCAGUGGCACCAGCGGGGCUGCUUCGAGAACAGCUGAGGGACCCCCAGCCCCCGCCGGGGCCGCUCGCGGGGUCCCCCGGCUGAUGCCGUGACCGUGGUGUUUUUUGUGCAAAAACCUCAAUAAAGCUCUGAGCUGGAGGCUG